CUUUCAUAUUUUUGAAAUGCGCCCGUAUCCACACGGCUAUAGCCAACGACUCGUCAAAAGUACGCCAAGGCUUCAAAAACUGCUGCCAUGCUUUCGAACUGGUCAAUUUCGUAGUCGCUCUGUUCCAGAAGCAAACCACAUAACUAUGACCAUGGGUUCUUCCGCAACCAUAGCGGAUGUGCUCGGAGGAGUCCUCGCGCUGGCGUACACGGUCAUAAGUGUACCCUGCGUCGUGUUCUCGCCGAUGAUUUUUGACGCCCCUGGCUCCUCAAAAAACACACUGACGCGCCUGCUCUUCGUGACUGUGCUCCCCGCACCCAUCUGUGGGUGCGUGUCGAUGUUCCUCGCCGUCAGCCGAAUAAUGUUCCUGCAGCUGAUACCGGGGACCUCGGCGGCGCCACCGGCCUCGUUCGGUCUUGAGCUGCUGCUGGUGCUGACACCCGUGCUAGUGCAGCUGGCUGCAUUGGCGUCGGCCAUAGUGCUUCUCCAGGUGCUGCAGGGAGGGAGCUUCAGCGUUCCAGACCGGCAGAGCAAAGCUCCCGGUAGCUCUACAUCUGUGGGCGGUGGUAACGCGCUUGACGAUAAAGCGUAACAUUGCGGUAGGUGUCUCGGUGAUUGGGGUGUGUCGUAGUGACCUUCUAGCUUCUAGCAUACCGGUGCUGUGUGUUUCCAAUCUGGAACGUUUUCAUGACAUCGUGGAGUGAGCCGUGUGGCUCGGUAUGUUCGCACGUGCUACCCUUUUCUGUCCGGGCAAUCCUGUUGUAGGAGAGCAAAAGGUCAGGAGGGGGAAAAGACCGUGUAUGUAAUACAGGUGUAUGAGGCAGUGUGUGGACGGUGGCCCUCCCGUGUGCCCACGGGGCCUAGUGCCGCAGCUGCUGGAGGUUGCGGCGCGCGCGGACGCGGAGUUGUUGCGGGCGCUCUGGGCGGGGCCCUUCUAGUGUGCUGACCCGGUAUGGCGGCGUAUUAGUGCGUGUGUGCCUGCGUCUGGUCGUGCGCCGGCGGAUUGCGUGGGGCCUGUGCCCCGGUUUGCUGCGGAUUGGUGCGUGUGUGACUGCGCCUGGUCGUGCGCUUGCAGUGGUUCCGGUGUAGUCGCUUUGGACUGCUUUGUUGCUGGGUCAGAUCGCGCGGCCGCAUGGAUCGGUGUGCGUGCGUGGCGGUCGGGUAGCCGCUGCCUGUGUUACCUCGCCUGCUUGGGGCCCAGAGCCCGGUUUGCAGUGUGUUGGUGCGGGGGUGCCGGCGCUCUGGUGUGUGUGUCGGUUUCCCGUUGUCGCGGUGGUUGGGGCUUGGGUGCUGGGUUUCCGUGUUUCUCUUUCUUUACAUUUUUUGCUCUUUUCUAUGAUUUUGGUGGUUGCUUCGCCUGUUUCUUUAUGGGCAUCGGUAUGCCCUAGCUUUGCCCCGGAGGGGCGCCCUUGGGUUUCGGUGGCUGGUGCGGUUGUCCCUUGCUUUCUGCUUGCUCGCGUUGCAGGUUAUGUGCCAGUGUGAUGCUGCACCUUCUCGCUCCUUCUUGUAAUCACUCUCAGAGAUAAAAGGGUGCAUGGCAUCAAAGUUGGAAGGGGGCCACGGGGUGGCACGACUGAUUACGACGGACUACGUGAAGGCAGGUGCAGGGGCAGGGACGGCGGGGGCUUGAUGGCGAUCCUUUAACGCUUGCGCUGCUGUUGGUCGGUGCUGGAAGAGUUGAUUGGUGCAGGCGGACUGAAGGAGGUGGGUGAUGUAUAAGGGUACCGUGCAGACCGCGAUGGUGAACAGGCAGCGAACCCGCAUAGCAGGAGAGGCCAACACGGGCCAACGCAGGCGCCAGCGGGGCACGUGCGUGCGUUAAAGCGCGCCCCA